GUCAGCAAUUUCUUUAAACAACAUCUCCUCAGAAACAAAUGACUGCACACAGCAACCAAACUUUACAGGAAUGAUCCUGGGGUGGUCCCCUGCCAAAGUUGACCAAAUGGUUCCGGUCUAUUGCAUAAGUAGGUCACAGGGCCAGAAAAGGAGUUUCAAAAAUGCAAAAUUAAAAAAUCUUGUCUGAAAGUACAAGGCCUAGAGCUUUGAUAUUUGGUAUAUGAUAUUACCUAUAGGUCCUCUACCAAAAUUGUUCAAAUUUUAGCCCUGGGGUCAAAAUAUGCCCCACUCCAGGAGGUAAUAGAUUUUCCUUAUAUGUAUAUAGUGAAAACUUAAAAAUUCUUCUUGUUUGAAGGUACAAGGCUUCAAGUUCAAAGAAUAUUAGUUUAUGCCAUUAUUAAUAUAUAAAUAAAGCCUUAUGUCUUCAGUUGUUGUGUUAAUAAUAACCAGUACUCGGCGGGGGAUAUAAAUUCAACGAAUUUGCUUGUAUUAUUUAAGUUUGAAAAUUUCUUAAGGGGUAAAUUUAAACAAUUAUGAACGUGCAGCUUACGAGCAAAUAACGCUGUCGAUGAAAGAGUAGUUUUAUAAUUUUAAUCCAUUUCUUAUGUUCUAUUCAUCUUAAAUUUGUGGAAAUGGAUCAAAACCAGGUAAUAGAAUUGAAUGUCGGAGGAAAGCUGCUCACAACACAAUAUUCUACCUUGAUGAAAGAAUGUCCAACGAGGUUGUCUAGGAUGUUUGAAAAUCCAGAAAUGAUUCCACGUGAUACACAAUGUCGUAUCGUCAUCGACUUUGACGGAGGUAUUUUCGUACAUGUUCUCAACUAUCUACGGACUGGUUCUCAUCCGCCAAAGGAUAAAGUUUUAGAGGUAUAUGAAUGUGCCGAAUAUUUCGGUAUCAAAUCCAUGGUUGAUGCUUUGAGGUUUUACCAACCUGUUGUACGCAAGAAUGAGAUAACAGAAUUGAAAAAAACCUUUGACAAAGAAAAAUAUGAAAUAUUAAAACAACACGCAGUAGCAGAACUAAAUAAAAAGUUCCAUCCUGAGGAAGAUAAGUUCUUUAUGUAUGUCACCUCUUGGACAAAUAAAUGCGGAAUGAUCACUGAAAGAGAUGGCAAGAAGUUUGUGCAGCAUUCGUUAUCGCGUAAAUCUGUGCAAUGGAUUGUACAUUCUUUAGGUCUACCCUUUUAUGACUAUCAUUUUUAUUUCUAUAUGUCAAAUAUCGCUGACGAACCGGAAAUUAUGCGAUCCCUUGGCAUUGUUGAAAAUAGGGUUUGGGAAAUUCCCCAUUAUUCCAAAGUGUACAUUUUAACACUGUUACAGUUUUAA